GAGACCCUGAAGAGAGAGGGUUUGUUAUCUACGACGACGGCGGAAAAGAGAGGGACGUCGCCCGGGGCUGCGGCCGUCAACGGGACGGCGGGCAAGGCGCUGCGUGUUGCGGGUGGACCCGGCGUCGCGUCCCCUGGCAAAAAGGGCUUAGCAAUGUGGGCGCCGCAGGAGCUGUCAAGCCGAGAGGGUGGACGCAACGUGCGGGUAGUUGCGCGGGAGCGGCGACCGAAAAUGCUCGGCUCUUGGGCGCCUUCCUUUUUGCUGCUUUGUGAGUUCCCCGAGGGCGGGGGAGGAAUUUGGUUGGGCUGCGGUUUGCCGCGGCGGAUGCGCAGCACAACACUACCGCCAGCGCAGCAGCGGCCCAGUGAGUAA